UUUCAAAGGAAUUGCGGACCUCAAUGGAAAUUCAGCGUGCACUCGCCUUGCAAAGCCGAUGUAGCCGGAGAUGAACGCAGCAGAUGUGGAGAUAUGUUUCGCUGAUUGCUGGAAAUGCUGCCUUCUUCGUGCCGUUAGACUCAAACAGCAUCAAGGCGCUCUUUGGCCGCUUCGCACUGCUGGAGCCACCCUCUGCAAUAUGCCCUGGAGAGGACGAUGACUCGUGGCACCCCUUCUGCGCCUUUGGACUGAGCGAGGUCAUUGAAUGUCAGUACAAUGGCUACCAGUAUUCGAUGGAGUGGUACUUUCUCGAGAUGCUCCGCAACAAUCGGCAAUACCGAAGUGAGGACCUCGAAGAUGCGGAGUUUAUUUAUUUCCCCCAUUGCGUGUCACAGCUCUACUUUGCCCUGCGACAAAGAUUCAACUUUACGCAUUGGCAGGCCAUCGAGCGAGCGGAGUUGGGAUAUUUGGUUCCGAUUUUGAGAUGGGCACAUCGAUCUCCGGCUCAUCAAAGGCAUCAUGGCCGGAACUUUUGGACUGUCUUCAGCAUGGACCUGGGACGCCAGGAUUUCCCUCGAUCUGCGGCAUGGCUGGAACCCUGGAGCGUUGGAUCUUUGACAGGGAGUGCAACAUGGAUGCGAGACAACGACAUGUUCUUCAAAACUCACAGCGAUUCGCUGAGCAGCGCUCGAAAGGAUGCUGACGGUUCAGACUGUUGGGAUUUGGACACUGCUCCAGUUGCCUUGGCAAACACGAUGUUUCCUGCCCGAAACUUUCGGGUCCAGGACACAGUGAUCUCUAUUCCUUCCCGAUUUUCACCGCACCCCCGAUCCCGUCGUUUUGGAGGUCGUCCAGUCCUCGCCUACUUUGCGGGCUCACCGAACUCUUGUGCCAGGGAAAGGAUUGUGAAGGUGCUGUCCGGGGAACCUGGCUUCGAUGUCUCCACAUCCUUUGCCAAGAGCAAUGAUGACUACCGUGAGCGGAUGUGGCGAGCACGAUUCUGCUUUGUUCUUCGAGGCUCAUCCCACACCAACAACGUUCGCCUUUAUGAUGUCAUCGCACAUGGCUGCGUGCCGAUCAUCGUCUCUGACGACUUCCAACCUCCACUGGACCGACUGUUGCCGUGGAAGGACAUGGCAAUCUUCUUGCCGACCUCAAGCAUUCCAAGGCUUGUACAUCUCCUUCGUCAUGAGAUCACAGAAGAAGAUCGAUGGCGUUGCUUCCGGAACAUCGCCCUCGGAAGCCCACAAGGUGAGAAAGGAUUCCCAGAGGAUUUGGAAGCAGCGAAGCACAUGGCUUCAAAGUUUGCUUUGGACCGUGACACCCUUUGGAGUGGGCUUUCAGCUGGCCGCGUCUUCGAGUGGCACGACAGCCAUUUCUGGAUACUCUUUUACGCAGAUGUUGCAAACAAGCUGCGGGAUCGUGUGAAGCAGGCAGUUGAGAAGGCUGUGCACCCCGCACCCCUUCGCGUCAAGACUCUCGAGCAACCAGAGGGUUCGCCAACCCCCCGGGGAUCUUUCCUGGCUCUCCAAUGGCUGCUGGAUCUCCAUCAUCGCAGGGAGAAACGUUCGCCACAAGUAGUCCGCUGUGGAAGCGAUUCCUUUUUUUCUCAAGGCAGGUCUAGCCCUUCCUUGAAGCCUUUGGAGGAGUUCGACGUGGGUGGUGGCUUCAACCUAGCAGUGACAAACAGGCAUAGCUGCAAGAGCGAACCCACCAAGUUCCAGAAUGCAGUCUUACAGGUCAGUUCAGAUUGCGAGAUGUCCAUUUGGGAGCUUUUGAAAAAGAAUUCUCCGCAGAUACUUUGGAUUGACAAUACUACAGCGGAGUUGCGAAAAGACUUGGCCUUUGUUGGUUGGCUGUGCUUCUCUCAGGCCACUUUGCAACCCCUCUUCCAUCCGUUCGAGCUUGAGGGGUUGAAGCCGGUGAUAUGCGGACAGGAGCGUGAUGGUGACUUGGAAAAGCUCUUGAAGCUUGGCUCCUCGCAAAGCUCGGAGCGAUGGGGUGCACAAUUCACAUUCUGGCACCAUCAAGAGAAUACCAGAGGUCGAUUCCUCUACACCUAAGUCGUGGCAUCUUGUCGCAGCAUUCAUUUCACAGCACUUGAACAUGUUCAAACAGACGAAGUAAUUAACGCUGUUUAGACUUGCAGGCUCUGGUGCGCCAUAAACCUAAGGUGGAUUCAGGAUGCGAAUCUGGUCAGUCCAAUCUCCUAUGGAGCUGUGGCUGUAGCACAAGCUUCUUUGAGAUACAAAUUCGGCAGAGCAAAGCUCGGCUCCGUGAGCUCGGGUGCAGAGAACCCUCGAGAACCCUCGAGAGCAAGGUCUGCGUGCCAUGCGCGGAGAUCUAACGACGUGUCGGACGCGUUGGACGGCAACGGCACAUGAGUUUCCUGCGAGAAGCUGCCGAAGAGUCUCCUGGGCAGAGGAAGGAAAAGCAUCCAUGAGGUCAUCCACUAGCUACAGCGGCUAGCGACACGUUGACCAUCUUAAAUCGUGUCCAGCGCUUUUUCCUCCAAACUGUCAAGCAUGAGCUGUGGCCACUUGGAGUUAGGUUGGAGGCCAUUGGUAUUAGGUUGGAGGCCAUUGCUACUAGGAGUUGUGCACUGUCCAGGGCAGAACUGCAGAAGCAGAUGGAGUUCUUCCAGGAAGAGGAGAUUUGCCUGACCUUCUUCGUUUCAACCAGUCGCUUGCAACCUCGAAAAGGGAGUGAGACGAAAAUGUGCGACAUGAUGGCCUGCAAAAUGUUUGGUUUCGAGAUCGAAUCUCGCUUUUACAUCCUUUGAGACAAUUGCUUCUUGAUGCUUGUUGUUUUCCCACUUUAGAUCAUAGAAUAUUAGUGAGCAUUGUCGGGUGCUUCCCACACAUUCAGAGUCCUGUCAUUGCUGUCUACCACAUUCUCAACACUCAUCGCAUGGACACAUCGAGUCUGCCUUGGCCGUUAUACAUCAAGCUGUUUGGACUCCAGAGGG